CUGUUUCAUGUUCGAAAUAAAAUUUCAAUUUAAAAAUUUCAAUUUGGAUUUUCCCAGAUGACUCAAGAUGCCGGCGGGAUCAGUGAGGCUGCAGAGCAUUAAGAAGUUGGGCCAGGAAAACCAAAGCUAUGAUCCUUCAGAAGAAGAACCAGCUGGCUCCUAUAUGACUAUGACUAAUUCAAAAGAGAAAGAGAAGACGACAAGAGAUGCAGAGCGACCUGCAAUACGAGUGAGCUUCUUUCAGCUGUUUCGCUUUGCCACCUGCAAGGACGUGGGGAUGAUGGUGGUGGGCAGCCUGUGCGCGGUGCUGCACGGGUCGGCCCAGCCCCUCAUGCUGCUGGUGUUCGGCCUGCUCACCGACACCUUCAUCGAUUACGACAUUGAGCUCAACGCGCUUAAAGACGAGCGGAAGGAGUGCGUGAACAACACCAUCCAGUGGAAGAAGAACUACACCGACGCUCUAGACCAGACGGUUUCCCUGAACUACACAUACAUGAACUUUUUUGACAAUGCAACGUGGGAGUUGUUCACACCAGUGGGGAACAUGUCAUGUGGGAUUCUCGACAUUGAACAUGAGAUGACCCUGUUUGCCUUCUAUUAUGUUGGAAUUGGGGUGGCUGUCUUCCUGCUGGGAUACUUACAGAUCUCCCUGUGGGUGACGGCUGCUGCCAAGCAGAUUCAGCUCAUCAGGAAAAUGUACUUCAGCAAAGUGAUGCGGAUGGAGAUCGGCUGGUUCGACUGCACCUCUGUAGGAGAGCUCAACACUCGUAUGUCAGAUGACAUAAACAAGAUCAAUGACGCCAUUGCUGACCAAGUUGCCAUAUUUGUGCAACGCUUCACCACCUUUGUGUGCGGUUUCUGCGUCGGAUUUGUGAAAGGAUGGAAGUUAACGCUUGUCAUCAUCGCAGCAAGUCCACUAAUUGGAGUUGGAGCAGGUUUCAUGGCUCUGUUCGUGGCUAAGCUAACAGGGAUGGAGCUGCAGGCUUAUGCUAAAGCUGGUGCCGUAGCGGAUGAAGUUCUCUCCUCCAUCAGGACCGUCGCUGCCUUUGGUGGAGAGAAGAAGGAAGUGGAAAGGUAUGACAGGAACUUGGUCUCAGCCCAGCAAUGGGGCAUCAGGAAGGGUCUGAUCAUGGGCUUUUUCACUGGAUAUAUGUGGUUGAUCAUCUUCCUUUGCUAUGCUCUGGCCUUCUGGUAUGGCUCUACCCUUGUGGUUGACACUCAGGAAUACACUCCAGGAACACUACUGCAGGUGUUUUUUGGAGUUCUGAUAGCAGCCAUGAACCUGGGACAGGCCUCUCCGUGUCUGGAGGCGUUCGCAGCAGGCCGUGGAGCCGCCACCAUAAUAUUCGAGACUAUUGACAGAGAGCCAGAGAUUGAUUGUUUAUCAGAGGCUGGAUAUAAGCUUGACCGGGUCAAAGGAGAUAUCGAGUUCCACAACGUGACCUUCUACUAUCCGUCCAGACCUGAAGUGAAAAUCCUGGACCAGCUGAGCGUUCCAGUGAAGUCGGGAGAAACCACAGCGUUCGUUGGCCCGAGCGGAGCCGGGAAAAGCACUGCUGUUCAACUCUUCCAGCGUUUCUACGACCCUAAAGAGGGCAUGGUGACCCUGGACGGCCAUGACAUCAGAGGGCUGAACAUCCAAUGGCUGCGCUCUCUGAUCGGCAUCGUGGAGCAGGAGCCGGUGCUGUUCGCCACCACCAUCGGGGAGAACAUUCGCUACGGUCGCCCCGGCGUAACCAUGGAUGACAUCAUCGCUGCGGCAAAGGAGGCAAAUGCGUACAACUUCAUCAUGGACCUGCCACAGAAAUUUGACACAUUAGUGGGGGAAGGUGGGGGCCAGAUGAGCGGAGGGCAGAAGCAGCGGAUCGCCAUCGCGCGCGCUCUGGUCAGAAACCCCCGCAUCCUGUUGUUGGACAUGGCGACAUCUGCUCUUGACAACGAAAGUGAGGCUAUUGUUCAGGAAGCUUUGGAUAAAGUACGCAUGGGCCGCACCACCAUCUCCAUCGCUCAUCGGCUGUCCACCAUAAAGAACGCCGAUGUGAUCGUGGGCUUUGAGCACGGCCGGGCCGUGGAGCGGGGCAAGCACAACGAGCUGCUGGACAGGAAGGGCGUGUACUUCACCCUCGUCACUCUGCAGAGCCAGGGGGACAAGGCUCUGAAUGAGAAGGCUCGGCAAAUGGCUGAUCGUGAAGAAGAGGAGCCAGAGAGGUUAAACCUAUCCAGAGCAGGCAGCUACCGGGCCAGUUUGAGAGCGUCAAUCCGCCAGCGGUCCCGAUCCCAGCUGUCCAACCUGAUCCCAGAAUCCUCUGUUCCUGUUGCUGGAGACUUGGGCCCCAGAUCCUACUCUGUGUCACAUGAAGAUAAAUAUGAGGUGCGUGAGCAUAAAGAGGAGGAGGGGCAGGAGCUCGUAGAACCUGCUCCCGUGGCCAGGAUCCUGAAGUACAACUCACCCGAGUGGCCCUACAUGCUGUUUGGUUCCUUCGGGGCUGCGAUCAAUGGGGGGGUCAACCCCGUUUACUCACUGCUGUUCAGUCAAAUCCUGGCGACUUUCUCAAUAAUAGAUCCUGCAGUUCAAAGGAAGGAGAUUGAUGGUAUCUGCGUCUUCUUUCUCAUGGUCGGCGUGAUCUCGUUCUUCACCCAGAUGCUGCAGGGCUAUGCCUUCUCAAAGUCUGGAGAGCUGCUGACCCGCAGGUUGCGGCGGAUCGGCUUUCAUGCCAUGCUAGGCCAAGAGAUCGGCUGGUUCGACGAUCACAGGAACAGCCCCGGAGCUCUGACCACACGUCUGGCUACGGAUGCCUCACAAGUCCAGGGGGCUACAGGUUCACAGAUAGGGAUGAUCGUCAACUCCAUGACCAACAUCGGCGUGGCUGUCAUCAUGUCCUUCUACUUCAGCUGGAAGCUGACGAUGCUCAUCCUCUGCUUCCUGCCGUUCAUCGCUCUCUCGGGCGGCUUCCAGGCCAAGAUGCUGACAGGCUUUGCCAAGCAGGACAAACAAGCCAUGGAAGCUGCUGGACAGAUCUCUGGGGAAGCCCUCAACAACAUCCGCACCAUCGCUGGCCUGGGGAAGGAAAGGAGUUUUGUGGAGAUGUACGAGGCCCAGCUGGACGCUCCGUAUCAAGCAGCGCUGAAGAAGGCAAACGUAUACGGCGCUUGCUACGGUUUCGCCCAGUGUGUGGUCUUCAUGACCAACUCCGCUUCCUACAGGUUCGGAGGCUACCUGGUUAAACAAGAAGGUCUGCAUUUCAGUCUCGUGUUCAGGGUCAUCUCUGCCAUCGUCACCAGCGGCACAGCUCUCGGCAGAGCCUCCUCAUACACUCCAGACUACGCUAAGGCCAAGAUAUCAGCAGCGCGUUUCUUCCAGCUGCUGGACCGCGUGCCCAAAAUCAGCGUCUACAGUGGGAAAGGAGACAAAUGGGAUAACUUCCAGGGGAACCUUGACUUCAUUGACUGCAAGUUCACGUACCCCACCAGGCCGGACAUCCAGGUCCUGAACGGGCUGAAUGUGUCCGUGAAGCCCGGCCAGACGCUGGCGUUUGUGGGCAGCAGCGGCUGUGGGAAGAGCACCAGCGUCCAGCUGCUGGAGAGGUUUUACGAUCCGGAUCACGGCAGAGUGCUGAUUGAUGGCCAUGACUCAGGUCGCGUCAACGUGCCCUUCCUCCGCUCCAAGAUAGGCAUCGUCUCUCAGGAGCCCAUCUUGUUUGACUGCAGCAUCGGGGAGAAUAUCAAGUACGGGGACAACUCGCGGGAAAUCGGCACGAACGAGGUCAUCGCGGCGGCCAAGAAGGCGCAGCUUCACGACUUCGUCAUGUCGCUCCCUGAGAAAUACGACACCAACGUGGGCUCUCAGGGUUCUCAGCUGUCCCGCGGCCAGAAGCAGCGCAUCGCCAUCGCCAGGGCCAUCAUACGCGACCCCAAGAUCCUGCUGCUGGACGAGGCCACCUCCGCGCUGGACACGGAGAGCGAGAAGACCGUGCAGGAAGCACUGGACAAAGCCAGAGAAGGUCGAACCUGCAUCGUCAUCGCCCACCGGCUCUCCACCAUUCAGAACUCUGACAUCAUUGCUGUUAUGUCCAGGGGCUUUGUGAUUGAGAAAGGAGCGCAUGACCAGCUCAUGGCCCUGAAGGGAGCCUACUACAAGCUGGUGACGACUGGGGCGCCCAUCAGUUAGCCGACCAGGGACUCAGGAGUCAGGCAGGAAAUGCUUUUCAUUUGGGCUGUCAAACCAUUCAUUUUUCGCAUGUUGUCCAUAGUUAACUCGCUAUUAAUCGCAUAUUAAUUGCACAUUUAUUCACACAUUUCUUGCUUUUCUAAAUUACCUUAAGGUAUUUUUUAAUGUUUUUAAUACUGUUAACAACAUGAGAAGGGGCAAAUAUGCUGCUUUAUGCCAAUGUGUAUUCAACUUUCCACAAAAAAAGCUUUUGAACUGAAUGUACAGUAACAUUCCUUCAUAAAUACAAACACAAUGUAGUCCCCAACUUUACACUUGUAAAGACUAACUUAAGAUUCCUUGGUUUUUAAGCAGCUCAACGUAAAACAAUGAACCAUAUGCAUCACAAACAUUGUACAAGAAGUGCAUUGGUCAGUUAAAUUUUCCAUUUUCGUAAAUAUGUCUAACCUCAUUUGGAGGAUGGAGCUAUUACUGCAUCGGUCGUGUGUUUGGCUUGCAAGUGGUAUUUGAGACUCGACGUACUUCCAUGAUAAUUCAUUUCAAAUCGACAGUAACUGCAAAUAACUUUAGUCUUGUCCAGCGAACCAUCUGGCAUCUUUUUGAAAGUCCCUUUUUAUUCUCCAUCUUUCCUCGCUUUUCAAAAAAGUUCAUGCAGUAGUCCAGCAUACUUUUCCUCAAGCUAUGGUUGCCAUCGACCGCCAGAAAUUAUAUAAUGCGCGUUUUUUUUUUUCUUAUCCUGCGCAUUAAUCGUGCAUUAAAAAAAUUGUCGGCGUUAAGAGGACGUUAAGUUGACGCGUUAACUUUGACAGCCCUAGUUUUCAUAUACAGUAGCAAGAAAAAAGCUGCAGACCUCCAGGAAUUAACUGGUUUUCUGCACAAGUUUUCCAUAAAAUGUUAUUCAGCUGAGCUUAUUAUUGUCAAUAGUUUGCACACCUGAAGUCCUGUUAAUGAAAUUAGUUUGAAGAUACUUGGGAAUGUACUUCAGAAUAAUGUCAGAGUGGCCGUGUGUUUUAUCAACUUAAGCACAAGUGUUGGUCUACUAUUGAGGCUUAGACUGAUCAUAUCUUACGACGAGUUAAUGCAAACGAGCAGUUAUUUCCACGGGGCUGACAAGGAGGAAAGUAGAAGGACAAGGAGCCAACGGUAGAGGAUUGUGUGAAAAUGCUGAUGUAUGUUGCUUUUGUGGUUAGUUACUUCAUGUGUCUGAGUGUUUUUUUUUUGUUUGUUUCUAGUGUGUGUGUAGCAUCAUACAAAUGCCAACAAUUUACUGCUUUUGUUGCUUUGCACUGAUGUAAAGUGACUAAAAGUUGGGUUUACAACAUCCUGUAAAGGACAACCAGUCACACCUGAACAGACUGGACUGUUUCUGCCUUUAUCAGGAUCAAACUGUCACAAUUCUUUUAAACAUUUCAACUGUUACUGUAUAAUUUCAUCCGUCCAUCCGUCCGUCAGUACGUAUGUACGUACGUACGUACGUACGUACAUACAUCCACUAUACCAGGGGUCGGCAACCCAAAAUGUUGAAAGAGCCGUAUUGGACCAAAAACACAAAAAACAAAUAUGUCUGGAGCCGCAAAAAAUGAAAAGUUUUGAAAAAAAUUCAAAAUGUCGAGAAAAAAGUCGAAAUGUCGAGAAAAAAAUCAAAAUAUCGAGAAAAAAGUCAAAAUGUCGAGAAAAACAUUCGAAAUGUCAAGAUUAAAGUUGAAGUACAAUCUCGAGAAAAAAGUCGAAAUGUCGAGAAAAAAGUCAAAAUUUCGGGAAAAAAGUCAA